AUGAGCGCACGCAUUACUAGAGCCGAGGCACGCAGGAGGAUGGCGGCCCUCCAGGAACCUCGCCCGGGGCAAGGAUGGUCGGAGACCCGGCCUACCCGAGCUUCGCGGCGGGCCCUGAAGCGGACCCGAGACGAGGACUCCGCACCGGAACCAGUGGUGAGCUCCGACAGCGACGUGGAGGUGAUCGGCGAUCCCGCCGUCGAGGAAAGGAAGUGGCGACUCCGGAAGGCGGCGGCGGGCGGUCGGAUACCGCGCGGGACGACGGACGUCGGAGGAGAGGAGCUCCCGAGGAGCCACGCGGAGGCGGUCUGUCGGGCCACCGAGGAGUCCCAGAAGCGGUUCCGAGACCGGGAGCCGUCGGUCGAGGAGCAGGAACGGUACGCGGCCGAGGAUCCCAGUCCGAGGGAAGAGGACGAGGACGAACCACGCGCGCCAUCCCCGCCGCGGUGGUUACCCGAGGUGCCACCCACUCCCCGCUACGAGGGAGAGUGGCUCACGGACGGCGCUCGAGACGGCGACGAGGGAGCACCGUCGGCCACGCCGCCGUGGAGGCCGGCCCGGCCACCCACGCCGCGUUACACGGAGCCACGACGACCGGAGGAGCAGGCGCAGAGCGAGGAGUCGACCGCGCAGCCGAUGCCGCCACCGCAGGAGGAGGACGUCCACCAGGCGAGGGCGGAGGAGCCAUCGGUGGUGCGGACGGAGGUGCCAGCCGCGCACGUGAGCCACAGCACGCGGGCGUUCGAGGCCGAGGGCAUGCGGUGGCGGCAGCAGACGGUGACGUGGACGUGGCCCGAGGGGCCCGCGACAGAAUCUGCGAAGGAGCCAACGGGAUGCGUGGGUCCCGCCGACGCCAAGUACGGGCCCACCAACACCGGCGACGACGGCAGCGACGGGGGAGGCGGAGUCGCCGGAGAAAGGACCGUGGGUGUGGCCCGAGCCACCGGCCAUCCCGAGACCGACGUUGCAGCGGCAAGACUCGGACCCCGGAUCGACGCGCCCGCGGCCGCAGUUCAUGCGGCAAGUUUCGGCCCCGGAGGAAGGCGGUUGGCGCGAGGUCGCCAGGAGCGAGUGGCCGGUGGGCAUCGAGGAAGCACCCGCGGUCGCGACGGCACGGCGGAAGGGCGGCAGGCGGUGCGUCCUGGUCUGCGAAGGCGGGAGGAGGUACCGGGCAAGCUGAAAGUGUGGCAUCACUCCCGAUUCGCGGGAACUUUUAUUUACCAAGAAAAUGUCGAGGGUGCUGCUGGUGAAGUGCAACGUCGACAAGUUCAUCGUUGGAGAUGGCGAGGGAGGGGCUCCCCCCCCAAACGCAAACAACCAAAGGCCAAAAGGCCGCAGAAGCGCCGCAAGACUGCAAAUCAGGAGGCGGCAAAACAGGAGGCGGCAAAUCAGGAGGCGGCUAGCCGGGAGGCGGCUAGCCGGAAUGCGGCUAGCCGGGAGGCGACUAGCGAGAAGGCGGCUAGCGAGAAGGCGGCUAGCGAGAAGGCGGCUAUCCAGGAGGCGGCCGUCGAUAAGGCUGAUCUAAAAAUUUCCGAAUAA